AUGUGCUCCAGGAAACAGUCCCCAGCCCUGGCUCGGGAAGAGCGCUACCGCCCAGCCGGAGCCCCGGAGCAGGUCUUGGGAGCUGUUGACAAUAACAUGGGUGAUGGCUGCUCUCAGAAGCUGGCAACUGCGAAUAUUCUCCGCUUCCUGUUGCUGGUCUUGAUUCCGUGUAUCUGUGCCCUCAUUGUCCUGCUCGUGAUCCUGCUCUCCUUUGUUGGAACAUUAAAAAAAGCCUAUUUUAAAUCAAAUGGAACUGAACCUUUGGUCACCGAUGGUGAAGUCCCAGUGUCUGAUGUUGUUCUUACAAAUACGAUUUGUAACAAGAGCACUGUGACGUCUGCCACGCAUCCCAACCAGCACGUUCCAGCCUGGACCACGGAUGCUUCUCUCCCAGGGAACCAGAAUCACAGGAACACAAGUGCCUGUAUGAACAUCACCCACAGCCAGUGUCAGAUGCUGCCCUACUACACCACGCUAACACCUGUCUUCUCAUUUGUCAAAAACAUGGAAAUGGAGAAGUUCCUCAAGUUCUUCAUGUACCUCCAUCGCCUCAGUUGCUAUCAACAUAUCAUGCUUUUUGGCUGUAGCCUCGCCUUCCCUGAGUGCGUCGGUGAUGGCGAUGACAGUCAUGGACUCCUGCCCUGUAGGUCCUUCUGUGAGGCUGCAAAAGAGGGCUGUGAAUCAGUCCUAGGGAUGGUGAAUGCCUCCUGGCCGGAUUUCCUCACAUGCUCCCAGUUUAGAGUCCAAAACGAAAGCAGCAACGUCAGCAGGAUUUGCUUCUCACCACAACAGGAGAAAGGAAAGCAAUCGCUGUGCGGAGGGGGCGAGAGCUUUCUGUGCGCCAGCGGGCACUGCGUGCCCCGGAAGCUGCAGUGCAACGGCCACAACGACUGUAACGACUGGAGCGAUGAGGAGCAUUGCAAUUGCAGUGAGGAUUUGUUUCACUGUCACACGGGCAAGUGCCUUAAUUAUAGCCUUGUGUGUGAUGGAUAUGAUGACUGUGGGGACCUGAGUGAGGAGCAGAACUGUGAUUGUAAUCCCACAAAGGAGCAUCGCUGUGGAGAUGGGCGCUGCAUUGCAAUAGAGUGGGUUUGUGACGGUGACCAUGACUGUGUGGAUAAGUCCGAUGAGGUCAAUUGCUCUUGUCACAGCCAGGGUCUGAUGGAGUGCAGGAGUGGACAGUGUAUCCCUAGCUCUUUCCAGUGUGAUGGAGACGAGGACUGCAGGGACGGCUCUGAUGAGGAGAACUGCGGCGACAGUCAGACUCCAUGUCAAGAAGGCGACCAAAGAUGCCUCUACAAUUCCUGCCUUGAUUCAUGUGGCGGUAGCUCCCUUUGUGACCCGAACAACAGUCUAAAUAACUGUAGUCAAUGUGAACCAAUUACGUUGGAACUCUGCAUGAAUUUGCCCUACAACCAUACAAAUUAUCCAAAUUACCUUGGCCACAGGACUCAAAAAGAAGCCUCCAUCAGCUGGGAGUCCUCUCUUUUCCCUGCACUUGUUCAAACCAACUGUUACAAAUACCUCAUGUUCUUUGCUUGCACCAUCUUGGUACCAAAGUGUGAUGUGAACACAAGCCAGCGUAUUCCACCUUGCAGAGCACUGUGUGAGCACUCCAAAGAACACUGUGAGUCUGUUCUUGGGAUCGUGGGCCUGCAGUGGCCUGAAGACACAGAUUGCAGUCAAUUUCCAGAGGAAAAUUCAGACAACCAAACUUGCCUAAUGCCUGAUGAAGAUGUGGAAGAAUGCUCACCUAGUCACUUCAAGUGUGGCUCUGGACGGUGUGUUCUGGCUUCCAGAAGGUGUGAUGGCCAGGCUGACUGUGACGAUGACAGUGAUGAAGAAAACUGCGGCUGUAAAGAGAGAGAUCUUUGGGAAUGUCCAUCCAAUAAACAAUGUUUGAAGCACACAGUUAUCUGUGAUGGGUUCCCAGACUGCCCUGAUGCCAUGGAUGAGAAAAACUGUUCAUUUUGCCAAGACGAUGAACUCGAAUGCGCGAACCAUGAGUGUGUGUCCCGUGAGCGCUGGUGCGAUGGUGAAGCCGACUGCUUGGACAGUUCUGAUGAGUGGGACUGUGUGACCCUCUCUAAAAAUGUGAGCUCCUCCUCAUUCCUGACGGCUCACAGAUCUGCCAAAGAACACCACGUGUGUGCGGAUGGCUGGCAGGAGACGUUGAGUCAGCUAGCCUGCAAGCAGAUGGGUUUAGGAGAACCAUCUGUGACUAAAUUGGUACACGGACAGGAGCAAGACCAGGAGUGGCUGACGUUACACUCCAACUGGGAGAGCCUCAAUGGGACCACUUUGCAUGAACUGCUGGUAAAAGGGCAGCCUUGUCAGAGCAGAAGUAAGAUUUCUCUUCUGUGUACUCAACAAGACUGUGGGCACCGCCCUGCUGCCCGAAUGAACAAGAGGAUCCUUGGGGGUCGAACGAGUCGUCCUGGAAGAUGGCCAUGGCAGUGUUCCCUGCAGAGUGAACCCAGUGGACACAUUUGUGGCUGUGUCCUCAUUGCCAAGAAGUGGGUCCUGACGGUUGCCCACUGCUUUGAGGGGAGAGAGAGCGCUGCCGUCUGGAAAGUGGUCUUUGGCAUCAACAACCUAGACCACCCGUCGACGUUUAUGCAGACGCGCCUGGUGAGGACCAUCAUCCUCCACCCUCGCUACAGUCGAGCUGUGGUCGACUACGACAUCAGCAUAGUGGAGCUAAGCGAAGACAUCAAUGAAACCAUCUACGUGCGGCCGGUCUGCUUACCCGGCACAGAGCAGUUCUUGGAACCGGAUACGUACUGCUACAUCACAGGCUGGGGGCAUAUGGGCAACAAAAUGCCUUUUAAGCUGCAAGAGGGAGAAGUCCGCAUCAUCUCUCUGGAGCAAUGCCAGUCCUACUUUGACAUGAAGACCAUCACCACCCGGAUGAUAUGUGCCGGCUAUGAGUCCGGCACAGUCGACUCGUGCAUGGGUGACAGCGGCGGGCCACUUGUUUGUGAGCGGCCUGGAGGACAGUGGACAUUAUUUGGUUUAACCUCAUGGGGCUCCGUGUGCUUUUCCAAAGUCCUGGGGCCUGGGGUUUAUAGCAACGUGUCCUACUUCGUCGAGUGGAUUGAAAGACAAAUAUACAUCCAUACCUUCCUCCUAAACUAA